UUUACUUUGUUGUUGCAUAGGAGCAAAUAUAAUUGAACCCAAAACAACUUCACAUGCUUCAUAUGGUGAUGGAUCAAAAUUUUUACGAGUUAAUUCAAAUAAAGAUAUUUUUAUUUCACCACAUACUAAACAUUUAAAUGAUUGAUAUAUGUCAAUUCUAUUUAAGAUAUAUGUAAGGUGCUGGAAAUUCGAAAGUGUAGCAGAAAAGUAGAUUUCCUUUAAACAUACAUGGUUUGAUAGAGCUCGUCGAACUGAUUUCGAAUAUCGCUUUUUUAUCGAGUUUUGAUCACGUUUUAGGGGAAGAAAUCUUCAAACUACUACAAGAGUCGGAAAAAGUGAGCGUUAUAGAGAAAAGUCAAGAUUUGACCGGUGGUAUUAUUAUAGCAAGAAAUUCUCAAUUAUGUUAUGCACAAUCAGUUAUGUGGAAUUUAAUUAAAGAAGAUAAAAAAGAACGUCUCAUAUUGAGAGGUAGGUAAUUUCUAGAGAGAAAGAAAGAGAGAAAAAAAAAUAAUUAAAUUUUAUUGAAUGAAAAGUUUAGAUAAAACGAAUGAUUUUAAAAUGUUCAAAAAAUUUGUUCAAUACAUAUCUGCGUAAACUUCUGUACGUUUAUUUCUAUCGUAUUUUUGACGUUAUUUAAAAC